AUGAACGGGGAAAGGCCCGCGGCCAACGGGGAGCAAAUCGCAAAUGGCUUCCAACAGACCGUCGCAGAUUCCAUGCCUGAAUCCGGGCAGCUAAAGCAAGGAUUGUUGCCCCCAAAUGCGCCGCCGCCUCCGAUCGACCAUACGCGAAGCUAUGCAAAUGGAGAUUUGGAGCCAAAUCAGCAACCGCCCGACAACAGAGGCAACGAUGUCGCCCACCUUCAAGAACAAGCGCCGGCCGAGAUCUUGCAGCUUAUCUCUCAAGAUAGUUACCUGCCGAUGGCCGCUCUGAUAAAUCGGGCGUCCCAAUCAUGCUGGAACGGCCUAUCUGAUUUGGUGACGCAGUUAGCUUCAGUGCCUGUCCCUGAACUGCCACCGGAACAAGCAAGACUCCUGCCCAAUGGCCUGCCCAACAAUCAGUCCAAGGCAAAUUUGGACAAAAAGGAUCGGCUACUGAAGUUCUCAAACGAUCAAAAGGCGGAUUUUAUAAAACUUCUGGUAUUGCUGCAAUGGAGCAAGAAUGUGGAGGAAGUGAGCAAGACCAUCUCCAUCAACUACUGGCUAAUGAAACGCCGAGAAGCGUACUGGAAUGUUAUCGGAUCGAUGGCCCUUCUCAAGCAGGAAUCUUCAGGUUUCCAAAUCCCCAAUCCCGACCUCAAAACAGCCGCCGAAGUCCUGUCGAGGGGCAGCGUGCUCAAUUUCCCCCGCCUGGGUUAUGUACCACAGAAGAACCUGUCCAGCAGACAGAUACUUCGAAUCCUCCAGUCUCUCAACCGGGCGUUGAGCGUCAAGCUAGCACUUUCGGACGACUUGCCUCCUCAGCUGCGAAGAUUCCGAAUUCAUGAUGGGCGUGCCACUUUCAUCGUGCCCAAUGAGUUCGAACUGGAUGUCUCCAUACUAGGCGAUAGCGAAGACGCUCCCUUUCGCAUGGUUGAUUUUCGGUUUUCUUUCCAACCAUCCGCUCACAUUCCCGAUAGUCUACACGCAGAGAUCGAGCUAUACGCGAAUUCCAACAUCGAUCGAGACGGGCUCAAAGGGUGUUAUGACUUUCUGCAUGAGCUGGCUUUGUCUUACAAACUGGCUGAACUCCACAAGCAAGCGCUCGACUUGGCUCGAAAUCAAUGGGCCGGCAAUCUACGCGUCGAACUGAUUCGUCGGAACCUCAUCGUGCAGUAUUGGCCUGAGAGACAAUUUGGGAAAAGCUGGGUUGAGGUUGGCAUCGCUAGCGGUCGGGAGAAGCAGAAAAUUACCAAGAUGGACUCGCCGCCUUUUCUCGACAUCAAAUGGAUGCGUCAGGGCAAAAGAGUGGACUCUUUGCAAUUACGCCUGAAUGAUGCACUGCUCAGCUUUGAUGCCAUUCUCCGGCAGGUGAUCGCACAGCACAUAACGGAGAUCCUGGACAACAUCUAUGACAAACUCAUUCUCACGCCACUCUUUGCGAAUGCCGAACUCUUCAUGGAGCAAUCGCUUUCCUAUGAAGAUCCGGAAGAGUGCUCCUUGAUGAUGCAGCUCUCUCGAUCUUCAGAUCUCCAAGUGAAAAUCGAUGCUGUAACAGGACUGCUUGUUCUCAGCCCCGUCACAGAGAGAAGGGAACGACUUCAGUACGAGGUCAAUCGGGUCCAAGGUGUGGCAGAUGACGUUGUCUCCAAGCUUCUCAACUACAGGUGCAGCGUCAUGGAAACGAGGGUUCUUGUUGGUAUUUUGGGCACCUCCUGGGAAGGGUUGCGUUCCUUCAAGUUCAGCCAAGCCGAGGCGAGAGCACUGUUUGGAGGGCCAGUGUCGAGAAUGAACAUGUUCCGCCAGAACCAAUGGACACUGGACUUUACCCUAGCAAUCACACACGCCUCAGAUGGAGAUCAUUGGUGGUUAUUGCAGCAAGUUUCCGCCGGCGCUACGAACCCUCAGACUCGGUAUAGAGUUCUCCGCAAGCAGAGGAUAGAGGUCAAAGAAGAACUAUCUUCUGCAUAUUUCGAUCGACUUGCGGAGUACUUGAUGGGUUUGAUUUUCCUAGAGCGCAAUGCCGACUUCUUCAGGGAGAGGAAGGAGAAGUUUGAUCUACGACCCUUACCUACUUUCGGACGGGAUUACGAAUUACCUGAAAUAUCAUUUGACUUGGAUAUGGCCAGGCCGGCUUUUUCAAAGCAACCUGUGCAACCCAUCGCUUCCGGCAGCGUCACUGCUUCGCAAAUGACCGGCGGUCCGCCCAAGUCUCGUACUUUACAAAAGGGUAUCAAAGUCCGUUUCGGUGGAGUUGAUCGAUUGACGAACAAAGUUAGGGCAGUCGCUCAGUAUCAAUACCGGGCAAGUUCUGCGGUGCUUAGACGUCUAGAGGUGUCUGUCCUUGAUGCUAGCGUCUCCCUGAAUCCGGAGGACAAGACCGUUAUAAUUCGAGUUUCGACUGCCAUAGCGGAAGCUGCAAUUCCGGAGAUUGUCGACAAAGCGAUGGAUCUUGAAAAGGUGGUCUCGACAGUUGAGCAAAUCCAUCGUCUCCCAGGACUGACAUUGAAAACGAUAUCGAAUUCCAGUUUUACGGUAUCGUAUCACGAAGGGGCACCUGCCGAACUCGAACUCAGAAUUGGAUUUCCAAGCGGCAAUCAGGCACCGCAGCUUGAUUUCUUGCCGCCUGGGAAGAAUCCACAUCAACACCUCGCGGCACAGUACACCAAACUGAUUGCCGCCAGCCGCGGCCCAUUCGCCGCCAGAAUCCGCGACUUCCUCACCUCAUUGACUUUGACACUUCCAUUGUUAAAUUAUCUCCAAAAGCUUCAGGAGAAACAUGGAUUGGACUCUGAGACGCAGCAGCAACCGGAUCUGCAAGAGCAAGAAGACCACUUGCGGGUGCAUGUCCUGGUCAGGAAUGCGACGGCUUUUGCGAUUCAAUAUUUCACACCGGCAGGACAAGCGCCUAAAGAUGUCAAGGCCGAUUCCCAACCACAUAUGCUGGCACGCUUGGAGAUCCUGCACCACAUCAACGUGUCAAGGAAACCAAUGUGGCUGGUGCGCGCAGCGCUUGAGGAGUUCCAAUCAUACUCUAGGCCGUCUUACUCGACACCAGAGUUGGGGGCAAAGCUGAAGCAGGAAAUCUUUACUCAGUCAGACGGACAAUCAAAGUGGCUUGCGCUCGAUAAAGCGGCGGCUUGCAUGGUUGACCAGCCCGAGCCUCUGCUGAAAGCUAUGCAUGAUCUCCUGUGGGAGUGGGCUAAACUGGCGAAAGCGUCCGAAGGCAAGGUGUCUAACAACCAGGCGUCCAACAAGGCCAAGGCUGCUCCAGGCAACCCCAACGCAAACAAUGCCCAGGUGCCGAAUGGUCCCAAUAACCGAGUUUCUGCUCCCAUGAAAGCUCCCCCAGGCAAGAUACAAGCACCUGGUAGUGCAAUUCCCAAUGGGGCAAAUGUCAAGGUCCAAAGACCCCAAGCCAAUGUUCCUGGAGGAAGAGCGAUGCCACCAAAUCACAAAGUGAACGCCAACAGCGCGCAAAAACAAGAGGUCAUUAUGCUGGACUAG